AGCGAGGGUGACGUCUUUGACGAACCCAUUCUGGAUAAGGGCGACGACGACGACGAAGACGGCGAUGUGGGCAACGCGGGAGCGCUGAUCAAUGUGGACAUUGCCGGCGCCCGAUAUGCCAAGAUUAAGGGCGAUCAGGUGUGCAAUCUUCAGAUCACAUACAACCAGAGCGUAUGGAUUGGCGAUUGUCGGCCGGCGCUGACCGAUGCCGAACAGUUCCCGCCGUUCAUUGUGGCCGCCAUUAAGGGAAGGGAUCGCAACUGGUAUUACUUCGACGAAAAGGGAAAGUACUGCAAACGCGCCGAAGGGACCAGAGAUAAGUGCACGGACUGGAAAGACAACGGCGAAGUGUUCGGCUGCAACGCUAAGAAACUAAAGCCCGAGUUGGACGCGCUGUGCGAUAACGUGACCAUCAGCUCGGGUGGCAAUUAUCCGCCGUUUGUGUAUAUAUUCCGGGGCCGGAAGUACUGGAAGUUUGACGGCCAUCACCCGAAAGCGGGCAAACCGUUGGGCGAUCUCAUCAAAGGCAACCGUCCGGCCAAAGAGGAGUUCGAUGGCAUCCAUAUGCCGGGCGGCGCCUCCUUCAACAAGAACGCCUUCGUUGUGGUCUAUAAGAACACGUGGAGUCAGUGGAAGCCAAAGGGUGCCGACAUUGGUCUGCAUAAGAAGAUGCGCCGCAACGACAACGAGAUCAAUAACGCGCCGAUAGGGACGGCAACUAUGGAGAUAUUGGGAGAGCCGGACGAUCAGCCCGACGGCGAACCCGCAGAUAAGGGCGCUCUGAUCGCCACCAACGAGAAGAAGGGCCGAUACGCUGUGAUUAGAGGCAAACAGAUCUGCUAUUACCUGAUGACCGACGCCAAGCUUUCGUCGGUCGGCAAGUGUCAGCCCGUGUCCGACGAUAAGAACAAUUACCCGUCGAAUACAAUCGCUGUGCUCAGGGAUAGGGACCGCAACUGGUAUUUCUUCGACAGCAGAGGGAAGUACUGUAAACGAAAAGCCGGAAACAAAGACAAUUGCUCCAAAUGGCAGUCCAAUGAGGAAGUGUUUGGGUGUCGUGUGAAGAGCAAAGUGUCGUUCGUGCAGAGCCUGUGCGGCAACGUUAAGAUCAGCGCCGGCACCAACUUUUCGCCCUUCGUGUACGUGUUUAGAGGCGGGAAGUACUGGAAGUUCAACAAUAGGCCCAAAAAGAACAAACCGUUUGGCGAUAUCGUUGACGGCGGGAAACUGGCCGCAGAGAAGUGGCCAGACAUUCAUUUCCCCGGCGGCGCCGGCUAUCGUAAGUCGGCGUUCGUAAUGGUCUAUCGGGACAAGUGGUCGCUGUGGCGAAAGACGUCGACCGAAGUGUUGGACGCGACGAUCGGUGUGUCCGGCGAUGGAAACUCCAACGACGACGAGAACGAUGUGAUGGUCAGGAGCUCUGCCGACGGCGACUUUGACGACGCUUUGGUGGCCGACGGGGAGGGAGACUACGAUUUGAUGCGCGAAGACAUGGACCCCAGCUAUGAACACGCCUUAACUGUGGCCGAGGAUUAG